AUGGAGGCUCCUGAAGGUAGCAUGAACCAAACAAUCUCCUCCUUGGGAAAUGCCAAAAGGAACAUGACUUUCUCCCCCUAUUACCAGCACUCGCUAUCUAUUGCAGCCGUCUACAUUGUCGCCUACCUGUUCAUCUUUGCGUUGUGCAUGGUUGGGAACAGCCUGGUUUGCUGCAUUGUGCUGAGAAACAGCAGGAUGAGGACUGUCACCAACCUGUUCAUUCUCAACCUGGCCAUCAGCGAUCUGCUGGUGGGCAUCUUCUGUGUUCCUACCACACUAGUUGACAAUUUAAUCACAGGAUGGCCCUUCAGCAACAGCACCUGCAAACUGAGUGGGCUCGCACAAGGCAUGUCUGUUUCAUCCUCGGUCUUCACACUGGUGGCAAUCGCUGUGGAUAGAUUCCACUGCAUUGUAUAUCCAUUUAAACCCAAGCUCACCCUCUUCCAGGCACUCAACACCAUUGCCAUCAUUUGGGUCCUGGCCAUUGCCAUCAUGUGCCCCUCUGCUGUCAUGCUCACUGUGGCUCAGCAGGAGGACAGCUACAUGGUGUACAAUGACAAUCAGAGCACAGCAUACCCCCUGUAUUCCUGCUACGAGGCCUGGCCUGACAGCGAAAUGCGCAAAGUCUACACCACUGUGCUUUUUGCCCAUAUCUACAUUGUCCCACUGACCCUCAUCACAGUCCUGUAUGGCAGGAUCGGGCUCAAGUUGUACAGGUCCUCAGGCCCAGUGAGUCAGCACCAGGUGGGAAGUGAAGAUCGGUGCAAUACGGCAGUUUCUAGAAGGAAAGUGAAGGUCAUUAAAAUGCUUGUCCUAGUGGCUUUGCUGUUCAUGCUGUCUUGGCUGCCCUUGUGGACACUGAUGCUGCUCACGGACUAUGCCAAGCUAGAUGAGCUGCACAUCAAUCUCUUGGCUAGUUACAUGUUCCCCUUUGCGCACUGGCUGGCCUUCUCCAACAGUAGUGUGAACCCCAUCAUCUAUGGCUACUUCAAUGAGAACUUCAAGAAGGGCUUCCAAGCAGUCUUCAAGCUCCAAACACGCUCUGAUGAAAUGGGUCAUCAACAGGUCUAUGCUGAGCAGGCAACAGUCAGCACCAGUGGUUUUGGUGGCCGGAAUAAAAUCUCCACUAACGGGGUGUCCUCAGAUUCAUUCUGUCUGAAGAAUUUGCACACUAAAGCUCCUUGUGAUCCACAGACUGGACGUGGCCAGGGACAAGAAAUUCACCUGGAGGACAUCAGUGGCAUCACACCCCUGAGUAAAGUUUGCAAAGCUUGGGAUGCCCAAGAAGGAUGA